AUGCGACGACUCUUCCAGUUCGGGUCGAAGAAACACGGCGCAAGGGCUCCUGUGAAACAGUCCACAUCCUCGACAGUAGCAGCGCCUGCGGUCUCGCUGCCAGCACAAGCAACCGGUGCAGUUCUGCAGGGCUUACAAGUAGUGUGUGAAGGCACCGACCCAGUCAUUGACAUCGUCGCGGUCCACAGCCUGAACGGGCACUGCGAGAAGACGUGGACGGCGGGCAGCGGCGUCGACAGCGUCGACAGCGUCAACUGGCUGCGCGACCUCCUUCUACAAGAUCUUCCCAACGCGCGCAUACUCUGCUGA